UUAUAGUAACGAGUACAUGUACCCCGUUACUUCCACCCCUGGAGCUGUAUGGAACAACACACUGGGCUGCUGUUUUCCCAUGCAGGGACUGUUUGUCCGCUCUGACUUUGCCUUUUGACCUCCUGUCUCCUCCAGGCUCCCUGGUGUUUUGUCCAGACCUGUCCCGCUAUGCACGGCAUGGGGAUGACAGCUGCAGUGUCAGUGUAAGACUUAUAGCUCUGCCUGAAGAAGGCACUCCGUUUUUGUCUCUCUCCAGUGGUCAGAGUUGGUUAGUCGGUGCCUGAUGUUUGUUGAGAUGAUCUGACAGACUUUUUCUUAUCUUUGCAGGAUGGAUGAGUUUUUUUCGGAUAGUUUUCCAUAAGUGCAUUGUAAGACUAUAAGACGCAUAUAAACAACAAUCUUCGACACUUGUUAAUGAAAACAUGUCAGAUAAAUAGGUACAACAGUCUAAAGUGGCAGGGCAAAUGUAGAAUCCGCGCCGAUAUUCAAAGGGCUGCUCUAUUGUGGAGCCUUUGAACGCACCAGUGACGUGUGGGUGGAGCUGUAGGUUCAGACCUGCUGUAACCGCGCUGAAUGUGAUUGGGGAGUUUUUACAAAAGGAUGCCACCACGGAAAACCACCGCAAGGUAGAAAUGCGUAAGAAUGCAUCUACAUGCAUUUGAUGUUUUUGUUUUCACUUGUUUUUUGAGUGAGAUCUUUUGAUUCUCUUUUUUAAUCAACAGCUUCGUAAUCAUGCAUGCAUUUGCCUUCAGUCAUGUGGACUUUUGUUUGGUCUUUUUAUUUUUUAAAUAUCAGUCGUAUGAGUCGAAAGACGACAGCUUCACUGGAAAGAGAGACUGACAACAAACUGCAUUCUUUAGAAAACGUACUCUAAAGUUCUCUUUAUGGCGUUUCAAAAUGACUGACUCUAACUUGAGGAACGAAAGCAACCAUGGGAUCUAUUUUGCUGAAGCUUUUAAUGGAUCUGUUCUGGACCAAAUAUUUCCAAACGACAGCAUCACGACAUGCCCAAACUUCACUGUGGACUCACAGGUUGUCGGCGUUGGGAUCUUUCUCUUCGUUUUUAUUUCCGUGGCAAUUGUUGGAAACAUUUUGGUUAUCUUGUCUGUUGUAUGCAAUAAACAUUUGCAGACUGUCACAAACUUCUUCAUUGUCAACUUAGCCAUGGCAGACCUGCUGCUGAGCAGUAUUGUGCUGCCUUUCUCUGCAUCUCUAGAGGUUCUGGGAUGCUGGGUGUUUGGCCGGGUUUUCUGUAACAUCUGGGCAGCGGUGGAUGUGCUCUGCUGCACCGCAUCCAUCCUAAGCCUCUGCGUCAUCUCCAUCGACCGUUACAUAGGUGUUAAACACUGCCUGAAAUACCCAACUAUUAUGACAGAGAAGAAAGCAAUAUCUAUUUUGGGGCUAGUGUGGGUAUUAUCCACUGUCAUCUCUGUUGGACCACUCCUGGGAUGGAAGGAACCGCCGCCUGUCGACGAAAGAAUCUGCAGCAUCACAGAGGAGCCCGGCUACGCGCUCUUCUCCUCUCUCUUCUCUUUCUACCUCCCGCUCAUGGUCAUUCUCAUCAUGUACUUUCGUGUCUACGUGGUGGCCCGCAGGACUACCAAGAGCCUAGAAGCGGGCGUCAAACGAGAGAGAAAUAAGUCGAUGGAAGUGGUGCUCCGGAUACACUGUCGCAGCGUGCUGGAGGACGCGCGCGCGACCAACUCCAAGAGCAACAAAAACCACCCGUUUCGAAGUUCGCUGUCAGUGAGGCUAAUGAAAUUCUCCCGGGAGAAAAAAGCUGCUAAAACCCUCGCCAUCGUUGUGGGGAUGUUCAUCUUGUGUUGGCUUCCCUUUUUCUUCUUUCUGCCUAUGGGUGCCUUCUUUCCAGCACUGAAGCCAUCAGAAACGUUGUUCAAGGUGGUCUUCUGGCUGGGCUACUUCAACAGCUGCAUCAACCCAAUGAUCUACCCCUGCUCCAGCAAAGAGUUCCAGCGGGCAUUCACGCGGCUCCUCAGGUGCCAGUGUAAUCACAGACAAAGGGUCCUGCGGCGCUUCUAUGACCACAGGUGGCGGGCGGCUGUCAAGGGAAUGACUAUUGAUCAGAGAGGAGACUGUAAGCCCGGCUAUGCUGUGCACGAAUCCUGUGGCAACUCUUUGUUUCACACGGGAAAAGGUCCCUCACUGGGUUUCAAGAGAUGGAGUCUGUUUCCACCUCUGCAAAAAUCUUCUUUUCAACUCAAAGAGAAAGUGAACAAUCUAUCAAAUAAAAUCAAGGGAGGGCCAGGAAAAGGAACCAAACCUGCAGUGGGUCGGAUGGAUAUAGUAGACACAGUAUCUAUGGGUAUUUACAACUCUUGUGAGCAGAGCAGUUAUCAGUUCUAUGAUCUGGCAGACUGCUAUGGUCUUAAAGAGACGGACAUUUAGGGGCUAGUCAGAGAAUCUUUUAUUCAUUUUCAGAGAGCCAUAUUUCAGAGAGCUACAUUUCUGUUCACAAAACAUCCUGUGGAUCCAAGCUUGAUUAAAGCUGCAGACUGGGAACAAUGGCUUAUCUCAAUCCUUCAUUCGCAUCAUGUAUGACAAAUCUUCCUAUUUAAGUGGACACAGUGGAAGGCAACUUCUUGGACUUACUUUAAUUACUUAGAAGCAGUGUGCAUCCACAUUACACAGCCUAGUUGACACGCGUAUGCCGUUUCUGCAUUUUACAUUAGCCUAAUUAUUACCGCUUAGUUCUUUACAUUUAUAUAUACAACUUAUAUUUCAGUUGAUUGUAGAUUAAAAAAAUACCAUACAACUGUAACAGAGCAAAAUAAGAGUUGUAAGUAAAAUUUUGGUAAUUGACAGAAUUUCCGGAUUUAAUCAAAUGUAAUAUGUCAAAAGGAAUUAAGAUAUUUCAUCCAUGUUUUGGGUUUUGACAAGGCAUUGUACAGGUUAGAGUCCGCCUAUGAAUAAAGAUGCUGCACAGUAUUUAUUCCAACUGUUGGAUUUAUAAGUUAAUUUGGCAUUGAUAUGUGAAGUUAUUUGAAUAAAAAUCCAGAUGCGCUUGCCCCGCUUAACUGUAAUUAGUUUGGUAGUUGAGUGCUAAUGUGAGAUAAACAUGCUUUUUUAUGAAUACUUUUUGAUGUUAUGUUUGUUAACGUAAGAUAUAAAUCAGAUUUAAAAUAAAAAGCAAAACAAGUUGA